UCGAAACUUGAAGGACCGGCAGCGCUUUGGGUGCGCGGCCCCGAGCUGGCGCGUUCCCGCUUCUAUUCUCUGUCACUGUCAGUACGACCGGCGCUCGUGAGCCUGAGGGGUGUGUGUGUCGCCGCAGAUUCAGACGCCGCCGUGGUACGGGGGAGGCACCUGAAGUCGUCUGAAUUUGAAUGAGGUACGCUGCUCUAGCCAAGCCGACGCCGAGAGACCAAGCCACAUCAAAUGGACGACGAGCGCAUCCGACUGCAGGCAGUGGGGCCCGCCAUGCCGGGCUACUUGGAGCUGCUCCACGGCUGCUAUUCUGCUCUGCUGCGCGCCUUUCACGAGUGCGAGGACUGCGGACUGGAGAAGAGCGCCAGGGCUCUGCAGGACAACGUGCAUGUCAAUCGACAAGAUGUGCUGCUGCUCGCUGCCGGCACCUUGGGCUGGACGCUGCUGCGACGUCUGCUCACUUCCCGCCUGUUUCAGCCACUUUCCCACUGGUGUGAUCUCCAGCCGAAAGAUGCUGCCAAAAUGCCAGAGAGCGCCUGGAAACUACUGUUCUACACCACAUCUUGGCUUUAUACUGUAUACCUGCUGUUCUUCACCAAAUACUCCUUUUUCCAGGAUCCAGCAUCAGCUUUCUAUGGGUGGAAAAGGGGUAUGGAAGUGCCUACAGACAUAGCCAUUUUGUACUUAAUCCAAGGCAGCUUCUAUGCACAUUCGAUCUAUGCCACGUUGUACAUGGAUGCCUGGAGGAAGGACUCUCUGGUUAUGUUGUUACAUCAUGUCAUCACACUAACACUUAUUGUGUUCUCCUAUGUGUUCAGAUACCACAACAUAGGAAUUCUGGUGGUUUUUCUACACGAUGUGAAUGACAUUCAGCUGGAGUUCACUAAACUGAAUGUCUACUUCAAGAACAGAGGCGGAACCUACCAUGCCUUGAAUAACUUUGUGUCAAAUGUGGGAUGUGUGAGCUUCAGCAUCAGCUGGUUUUGGUUUCGUCUUUACUGGUUUCCUCUUAAGGUGCUGUACACCACCUGCAUCUCCAGCCUGCAGUCUGUUCCCAAUAUCCCUUUCUACUUCUUCUUCAACAUCCUGCUCUCUGCUCUCACUCUGAUGAAUCUCUAUUGGUUUCUGUACAUUGUGCUGUUUGUGAUCAAAGUCCUCACUGGACAGAUGAAGGAGGUCAAUGACUUGAGAGAAUAUGAUGUUGAAUAUCAGGAGAAGAAGUCACUUCAUAAGAAUUGGGGAGACUCCUGGAAAGAAGGGAAACAUCUUAGGAAUGGCAUUGUUAAGCAGAAGCCCUUAUAAUGGAGUGAAGAAGAUUUAUGCUUUUCCCUGAGCACUGAAAUUGUCCCAUUGGCCCAUCUUUGCUCUUGGACUCCUUCAGCUUAAGGGGAUGAGUGUGGAGGUUAGGCAUGCUCCAGCACACUUCCUUCAGAUAGGACCUUGUGGAGGACUUGGGAGUGUAAACGUGUUUCUGGGGUUUAGCCUGGUGAUGCUCCAUGCUGCUGUCUUAGAUCAAAGGUGGACCAUUUGAUUUGAGGGAUGAUGGGAAGAAUAUGAGCUUUCUCGUUAUGGUCACUCUUUAGAGAUGCUCAAGUGCUUGAGGAGCUUCUUUGUUUCAAGAUACAUUAAGAGACUGGAGGGAAGAGAUGGGGUGCAAGCUCCUUUACAAAGCACGAGAUGUGCCUGAUGCCCUUUGUUGACAGGACUUCUGCUUUUUUACAUUCCAAGGAGGUUGACUGUGAGAUGCAUACACAGGACUGGAUGUAAAUGUGCUCGAUGGGGAAUCAAACGCUUAACUCUUUCUGUUCCUUAUUUUAGUCUGUAUAUAUAUAUAUAUAUAUAUAUAUAUAUAUAUAUAUAUAGUGGAUUACAAGGUAAAGAGCAAUUCUUGAAAAUAUCUUACAAAUCUAAAUAAAAGAAGAUCACUCCCCACUCCCAAGCGGGUGACUUUGAUGUUGUGUUAGGUGACAUGGUGUGGUUUGUGAUCAGCAUUCACUACCUAGCUGUGGUGUCUUCGAUGCAGCAGUUCAUGUCCUCCUUGUGUCUGUGUUCGUUGUCUUUGGGGCUUCAUUAUCUUUCACAUAGUUUUUGAAGAUUCGUGUGGGUGUUUAUACACUGAGUGUUAAACUGAAAGAAAUUUGUGCAUAACACUUUCCAGAUUGUUUUGCAUUUUCACAUGACACGAGUGAAUACACAAAGGACCCCAGUCUUUUAAUUCUGAGUUUAUACUUAUUACCACAUAGCAUCCAACCACCUGCUCCUCCGCGGGGUCUCAAACUGGAUUAUUGUGACCACAGGUGACAAAGAACACGCAAGAGAUUUUCAAGAAGUGCACCAGCAUGUGUGUUUUGUGUUGUUUGUCACCCAUCCCACUCAUUUUAGUACUUGAUGGUGAGAACUACACGAUUCUAGUCCGGAUGUGUAAAAUAAAAAAAAAACUGAAAGACGAGCUAUUUUUUUCACUUGACUGUGUAUUGAAUAAAAUGGGAUCAUAAAAGGUAGAAUCUUUUCUUGUAUGUGUUGAUGUUCAGGGGGCUUUUAUUUUCAAUGUGAUCUGUGCGCCUGUACCAUUUUGUUUCAUCCCCCAGGGUAUGUAUGUAUGUAUGCCCCACUUUUUCCCAAAACUGUUGUCAAGUUUCUGGAGUGAAAGGAGCAAAACACACGUAACUAGCACGAAGUGGAGCUACAGUAAUGGAUGUUUGUGUAAUUGGUGUAAUCAAAUACAGUAUAUACAUUUUACUGAGCUACAGGACUUGCAAACAAUAUCCAGACCCCACCACUAAUUGGUCAAAUUUAUUAAUUAACUGAUCCUAUUUUGAAAUUGUAUUCUCUGUGAUACGGUAUUUGAAAGUAAAGAAAUUCUACAUUAUUUUAAUGUGCAAUCUUUAGAAAUAAAGGAGGUGUGCUGUUUGCAUAAAUAUUCAAUCCUCUAUACUUACAUCAUCCACAACUGAAAGUGUUAAAUUUCUAUGGUGUGCCCGUUUUACCAUCGGGGAGAGUUUUUUUUUUUUUUGAUAAAGUGUACAGGACGUGCAUUUGAGAAGCUGCAUUAGUGAAGGCCGAAGAGGGCAGGGACUCUGGUGGAGGUUCAUUACGUGUUAUGAGAGCUGCUGUGUCAUUCUCUCCAAAGAAUCCUAGGAAGUGGACAUGGCUCUUCUGUAGUCUUGACUCAGUCUUUUGAGGCACUUUACAUUUUCAUAAAACAAAACAAUCUGGAGCAGUAGCAGAUUACAUCAGUGGUGUAUGUGCAGGACUGAGCUCUGGCACCACCUCACCUACCUCCUCAGGCAUGUCUGAUGGAUGUGCCAUAUAACUCCAUAUCCAGCAGUUGGCUUGUUUUAGUAGAAAAUCACAGAUAAGUAAAUAAUUGGAAAUUCAUCUAUAAUGGUGAUCAGUGUGGUCCAGUUACAUGUUUAUGUAUAUCUUUUUAUUUUUGUUGAGCCCUGCAAAUAUAUAGCCUCCCCUCCAUUUUGGUUAAAUAAAGGUGAUUGAAGGAACCUGUCAUGCUGGCAUCAGGCACAGGACAGAAACCAAAUUUGGACCCAUUUACAUGCAUGACCUUAAUGGGGUCAGGUGAGAAUCACCGGAUAACGCAGUACCUUCAUCUUAGGGUUUACGGAUGGAAAAUCACAGCAAAACUCACAGCCACGUUCAGACUCCACACAGGUGGUGACCAAGUGUGGGAUUCAAACGCAGGAGUUUGUGAGGUUAUAAUACAUAAUUUAUGUCCAGCCUCUCGUCAUGUUUCUAUAUUACGUAGUUUUUUCAAAAAGCUAGGGUUUAGAAAAGAAUCACCAUGCAGGUCUAGAACAACUUGAGCAUGCAGACAUCGGUCUCUUUUCUUAGGGUGUCAGGUAACCAAAGUACAAAGCAUUUUAAUAACUAGAACUAGAGAAUGUUAAGAUGGGGUUUGAAGUUACAGAAGCUACCAGACUGUUCUGUCCAAAUGGAAUGUCUGCACAGGAGCCUUGUCAUAUUUUUUAGUAUCGUCAAACAUUGCAAAAGGUACAGAAUUCUUGGAUCUGUUCCGUUUUUGCCCGUUACCCAGCGCAAUGCAUGCAGCCCUCAUCCUGGCUUAGCUAUUUGCCAUUAGUAAGAGAAAAUUAAAGUAUGCUGAAAAAGAUUCUUGUAUAAAAACUCUAUAUUAUACAUUUCAUCACUGUAACACUCAUUCUUGAAUAAGACAUAAAUUAAAUUUGGUUGAAAGAAGUCAAACUUGUACGAGUUACUCUAUGUGUAUACAUCUAGUAUGGACUGGCAUCCCAUGAGUAGUUGGUUCAUACUUUCCAGAGCAGACUGGUCACCUUAUAACAAUCAAAUGAUUGUUUUGCCCAAAAAUAUAUAUUUUGAUAUGU